AUGGGUGACGGCGAACGCGAUUGGCGCGAACGGUUUCUGGAGUUGACGCCGAGCGCCGUCGUCGAGGCGGCGACAGAGAUGCGACGGUUGUUGACGGUCGUGGAGUUGACGCGAUACAUCAGCGCGCACGGAGGUGGAGAGGUACCAUCGAAUGUGUCGACGUCGAAAUGGUUCGCCAAGACGAAGGUGAGGCGAGAGGAGUGCCCGUUUUGUAAGAAGGCGUUCGUGGCGCACUACCUGGCGGCGCACAUUGCGACCAAGCACACUGGGAUUAAGCCCGUGGAGUGUCACUUCAAAGGAUGCAGUGAAUGUUUCGUGACGACGAAAGAUUUGGAUCGACACGUGGCACUGGUACACGAGCAUAAGCACACGUGUAAGUUGUGUGGGUUGCCGUUUUCGACAAAGCAAGCGAAGGAGAAACACGAAGCGUUUGGGCACGCGGAGGGGAAAAGCGUGGCGUGUCCGGUCGCCGGAUGCGGCAAGAUGUUCAAACACGCUGACAGUAUGCGCGCGCACGUGAUGCAGUUUCACGGCGAUGAUAGCGAAAGACGAAUGUACCAGUGCGAGCACCCAGAUUGUGAUGAGACGUUCCGCACCAAAAGGGAACGCACAAAGCACAGUAAAGAGGUGCACUCGUCAACUUUUCCGAAAAAGCGAAGGAAACCUUCGACGCAGACUCGAUUGAAAAGUCCGACGAAGAUGUCUCGAUGGCUCUUAGAUGAAGACGACGACGAACCGUAA